AAAGUAGGUGUAAAUGACAAGUCUAAAGAAUUUAUUGUGAAAUGGCACAAGGACACAUACUUCCCUCUCAUGAGAUAUUCACGUGUUCCACAUGGGGAGAACCCCCCCUGCCCAUUGUCACACCAAAUGUGGGAUCAACCAGGCCUUUAUGAAAAUGACAGUAGUUCAAGUGUAUCAUCUCCCAUUCGGCCUGGCUUUAUUUAGCACUUUGGGGAUAAUGUUUAACCAGUUUUGAUCUUCAAUCUUUUUUUUUUUUUUUACGAGCUUCUAGCUCUAGUAGUUAUAGGCUGAGCCAACACUCUGGGUGCCUUCCCUGCACUUGCCUGACAGAUUUCAACAUUGAGCCGUUUUUAGGGUCUCUGAGUUGUUGAGCUUCUCAGUGAAACAGAGAUGAGUUCCUUGCAGGAGGUUAACCCCACGGUGCGGGGGAUCAGAGCCCCAACAAACCUGCAGAGUCUGGCUGCACGCAUCACAGAGGAGAUCACACAGGGAGUGACGAAACCCUUCCAGCAGGUGAUUGAUGUCAGUUCAGGGGAUCCCCACAGGGCAGGGAUGGCACCCAUGUCGUUUGUUCGCCAGGUCUUGGCAGCGUGUCUUUACCCCGAGCUCCUCACUGAAAAAUGCCUCCCUCUGGAUGCCAGGCAGAAGGCACAGAAGCUUCUGGGGGCCUGCAGUGGCGGGAGUGUGGGCUCAUAUUCUUCAGCCUCCUGCGGUAUACCAUGCGUCCAGAAGAGUGUUGCUGAGUUCAUCACGAGGAGAGAUGGUGGAGUGAGUUCACACCCAGAAGACAUCAUCUUCUCCAGUGGUUCUCAAAAGACUGUAAUGCAUCGCCAUGUGUACUUCGUCCACAGCAAUCAAACCAAAAGGUCCCAAAAUGUCCCAGCUGAAGAGCCCUGCCCACACACCCUGCCCCCGCUGCUGGAUGAGGUCGGGGUGACUCUGGUGCCGUACCAGCUGAUGGAGGACCGAGGCUGGGCGGUAGACCUGGACGAGCUGCACGGAGCUUUAAAGACUGCUAGGGGACGCUGCGAGCCCAGAGCCAUUUACAUCAGCAACCCAGGAAACCCCACAGGUCAUGUGCAAGACAGGAAAUCAAUAGAGGAAGUGAUUCGCUUCGCUGCAACCGAGGGCCUCGUCCUGUUGGCUGAGGAGGUGUACCAGGACAGCGUGUAUGGACAGGAUAAGGAGUUUAUUUCCUAUAAGAGAGUCCUGUUUGAGAUGGACCAAGAGUUCUCAGAGACAGUGGCGUUGGUCUCCUUCCACUCUGUAUCCAGCGCCUGCAUGGGAGAGGCUGGUCUGAGAGGAGGAUAUAUGGAGGUAAUUAACAUGGACCCAGCAGUGCAGAAGUAUUUAAGAAGUAUGCAGGACUCUUCCAGCCCUCCCGUUUUACCGCAGCUCGCCCUGGAGAUCAUGGUCAACCCGCCCACACCUGGACAACCUUCUUAUAAAACAUACACACAGGAGAUCCUUCACUCUCAGACAACUCUGUCCCAGAAUGCUCAGCGUGCUUGUGAGUUCCUGAAUGAUUUACCAGGGAUGAACUGCCAACCUGGGAUGGGGGGAGUCUUUCUUUAUCCCUGUCUGCAUUUACCACCUCAGAUGAUAGAGGAGGCCAAGAUGUUAGGCGUGGAGGCAGAUGUGCUUUAUUGCCAGAGGUUACUGGAAGAGGAAGGUGUAUGUUUGGGAGCCGGCUGUGAGAAUGGACAUGAAGAUCCAAACUACCACAUCAGGCUGUGUGUUUUGGCUCCUCCUGCCACCCUGGAGGAGAUCUUGGCACGACUUUGCUCUUUCCACCUGCGCCUGCUGGACACAUUUCCCUGACAGAAGUGUCAAGGACACCAAAGCGUUUUUUUGUUUUACACGUUUUUCUCCCAAAAUGAAUACUGUCAAAAAUAAAAAAAAUAUUUCUUGAUCCUGCAAAGACUAAAAUAGACAAUGUAUAAUAACUUGUGAAAUACAUGGUGUAAGCCAUUGAGUUAUUGGAUUGCUCACCUUAGUAAAUAACAAAGUAAAAGUCCAACACAAACAGUCAAUAAAGGAUCUUUAAAUUAUUAA